AAGUGAUAUAACUGUUAAUAAUGGAAAGUCAACACAUAAGUCCCAUAUCAAAGAGAUACAGGGCUUUCUUAACCGUCAUGAUGUGUAUCGCAUACUUUCUUUAUGCAUUUAACAACUAUCAAACCGGUCAAUCAAUUUCGGAUUUCCAAAAGAUAUAUGACGCCCCGUUUGAGCGCAUUUCAUACGCUAAUACUGUCCGCUCAUUUGCCUACGCUAUCGGAGCCCUAAAUGGUUUCUUAAUAAACAUGGCAAACAAGCAGAUAAUAAUAAUGGUGUACUUUGUGGUGGUUGGGUUGACACAGAUGUUGGUCACAUACCUGAAGUAUGUGCCCGUACUAUACCUGGACUACGCUAUCAACGGUUUCGUGUCGGGAGCCCUCGAACUCAUCACAAACGUGUGGACGAUAGAGAUGUGGGCCGAGGAGUGCGGUCCGUACGUACAGGCGGUACACUUCGGGGGCAGUGUGUCGGCCAUUAUAACGCCGCAGAUAUUCGCCCCGUUUAUCACUGGCCCCGGAUCUACACACGAGUCGCGCAUUAAUAUCCCGUACCUGGCGUUGGGCGCGGCGUCCAUAGCGUUUGGCCUAUUCAUGGGCCUUACCUACUUUUUCCAGAAGUAUGUGCCCCGCAAAGUGCACAGCAACUUCCGGGUGGACGUAACUGAGGGCAAGUAUACGCAAAAGUUUCGCGAAUGGAAUUCCGUGUUUGUGGCCGAACUCUGGCCAUCGCUGCCCAAACACUUCAUAAUCGUUUUGUGCGGUUUUAUGGUCUCCAUUGCGCUCACCAUUCAAUGGUCACAAUUCACGUACAUUGUGUCGUACGCCGAGAAGUCGAGUCUACAGCUGAGUACAGUGACAGCCGGUUAUAUGAACACCGCGAUCGCCGCGUCACUACUGGCCAGUCGGGCCUUUAUGAUAGGAUUUGCCAAACUAUCGUUUGUCACUCCUAAACGGAUCAACUUUGUCUGCUAUGUCCUACUAUUGGCGGCUGAAAUAUUGUAUCUCAUUUUUACCGACAUUAAUGUAAUUGGGGUUUGGGUCGCGGACUGCAUAUACGGCAUCGGUUUGGGACCCGUAAUGGCCGGCGCUUUUCAAUUAGCCGAAGAGUGCUGUCCACUCACAGAUCUAAUGGGCGUAUUGUUUAUAUUUAUGGGCGGAUUGACCACUUCGUUCACACCCCUAAUCCUGGCCUCAACGAUGGACGUCAACCCACAGACACUAAACUAUGUCAAUAUAUUCUUCAUCGGUUCGGCUAUUAUUCUAGUUUUGGUCAUUUAUGGCGUCGGCAGAAGAUUUGUGAGACCUAAAGAGGUCGACAAAACCGAUGUCAACCGCAAUAGUAUUGUUCUCGAAGUGAUUACAUCCACUGCCGGCAGCAGAUUA